CACUCAUACUACAGAAUAUACAGCUAAGCCCCUGCUGUCAUAUCACAGCAUUUGUAGAUGCUGCAUGAGAUUUGCUCACCCAUCAUGACCACGUGUCUGCUUGUGACAACGAUAGGCAAGGAGCAUGUAUGAAUGAGAAGCAAAGCCCACACCGAUGUUCACCUCAAGCAGCCAGCCUGCCAGGGAACAACAUGAAAUCUACACUCCGUCAUAGCUUUGAUAUGCCAAUUGAGGAUGAAUCCGCACGCAGGACAGGUAGUCCCUUGGAACGUCGACCGUCACAAAGAAGACAUAGAAAUCAAGGCAGCAGCAGCUUUCGACUAGGGUCAGCCUUCAGCACUGCCAGAAGUUUGAAUCCCAGCCCCCAAGCUAGCCGGCAAACAGAGCAUCGUCAAGCAAGCAAGCGACCUAGCAACGAGCCCCAGUUGCUGGUUAAAAAGAGACAACCCCAGGGAUGGGGAGGCCAGCCCAGCGCACAGCAUGAAACCUCACUUAGCCACCCGCAUGGCCAUCCAGAUGCAGGCCAGUCAGUUAAUGCGGGUAGUUCCCAGGAUGGAGACAAAGCGAGCAGCAGUACCCCCUCGGAACCCGGACUAUCGAACAGUGGUCGUCCCCAUGGCUCGACUUUGAUAGGACUUGAUACGGAUCCAGCCCAGAUUGUCAACCUUGCACUUAGUCUAGGCGAGUCUCGCCGGCGAACGAUGGGCGGACGGACCGUGUCCGGAGGCAUUCCGCGUGAUAGACGUUUGUCAGCGUGUAGCCCGGUACCCGAGACCCGAAUUCUGCCGCCACGAGACGACGACAGACAGUCAAAACGCCAAGGUUCAACGUCGCGCUCGUUGCUGCCAGCUCCGUUUCUCGACCGUGGGAGUUGCGAGUUGGAAUUCUCCGAGCUAUCUGCGGGGACAAUUGCGAGAGCGGACAAAGCGAGGCAACAUUUUGAGCUCUUUGCUGAGUAUUUACGUUUACUCACUUCUCUCCCCCCGCUGCAGUCCUCGACGAGUCUUACGAAGCAAGGAGACCCAUCUGCUGGUCUUAGGUCUUUCGCCCGAGGAAGAGUCUAUAACCCUCUCCAAUACAUACGCAAUCGGAAAGUGAGGUUUCGCGAAAGGACCGCGAUUAAUUCAGAGGAAGAGGGCUGGGAGAAUGUCGAUAGAGUCCGAAACUGGGUGGAUGGUGUGGUUAGUGCUCUUGAUGAAGGGGAAUACCAGCCUACCGAGUGUGUUCAAUUACCCCCACUCAAUACUCCCGCUGGGACCUCAGAGGAACCCCAGGAGUCAUUUUCAAGCCCUGGCCGCAUAAACACCAACGAUACUACGAAACCACGUCGCCCUCGGAUGGACUGGGUCUUCACCCCGGCCGAUCUAUUGGCCGAUGCAGCUUGGGUUGAGGCCGGCCGGAAUAAGCUUAAACUCGAAGAUAAAGAUGGAAAUAAAGUGUUUCCCGCGGAUACCAAAUUAAAAUCCAUCCAAUUGACAUCACAUGGUCCUUCGCCAGAGCUCCGUCCGACUGGUAUAUCAUACGACCCAGUUUGCUCCACCGGACGGUUACGAAGUUUUACAUCUAUCGGAUCCAGAGGAUCAUCCAAUAUAAAUAGAGGCCGGCGAAUACAGAGAUUUGCGCACUCUAUCCAUCUUACGCCCCGCCACGGCCAUCCUAGGGAUAACAGCAAAUCAGGCUGGCGACAUGCUUUGAGUCGGUCGAGGAGCUCUUCCGGAUCCUUGCAAAAUAAGGAUGACCAUAGUUAUUUCAUCGAGGAUUUCACAGGACGCGAGGAUACUCCUUGCCGACAAAAUGUGAUGGAUGGCUUGCUGCCUCCUCUGGAUACCAGCAUGAGCGAAUCAAAAUCUCCACUAUCUCACCACCGCUACGCGGGAUCUAUUUCCUCUGCCGAUUAUAAUUCCGACAAAGCCAUCCUACGUGCGUCCUUCGAAGACGAUGACGUAGUCAGACGGACGCCUUCUGAAAAACCGAUGUUUCCGAGUAUAACGGCUAAUCUCUCUCCUUCAGUAAGUCGAGAGGCUUCACCGAGUAGACGACACCACUUGUCACCUCGCGCCUCCCUUGAUCGUCAAAAAACCAAGAAGCAGAAGACCAAUGUCGAUUUGCCAUACUCCCCUGGUGAUCCGUUCCGUGUUGGAGCGACAUCAAGUUUAGAACUAGAACGAGUCGGAUCUCCUGGGCCAACUUUUCCAACACAAUUUUCUCGCCAUGGAACACACAGUUCGCCUGAAGGAGGCAAAGGUGGAAAAGAGCCGGAUCAAAAGCGACGUGGGCUAUUCAAAGGUGGCAGGAUUGCUGAAUUGGUAGGGAACGAGGUGUCUAAGGUUGGCGACUUGAUUCGGAAAAAAGAUCCUUCCAGUCAUUCACGCCAGUCUUCAUCCGCAUCUAGCGUUUCCGAAUACGUAGAUGCCGAUGAUGAUACUGGUCAUAGCAAACGAAGACUGAAACUGAGAUUGACUCGACUCCCAACGCAAGACCAGACACCUGAACUUUCAAAGCAUAGUAUUCCUCACCUUCCCACCUUCACAUCAUCUCUGAAACAUGGCGCUAUGUCUCCCGGAUCCACGCCACCCAGUGUCCCAAAUGGUAGUUCGCCGCCAAAGCCGGAUGCGCUAGAGGAUUUUAGUCAACCAGGGCCCGCCGGAAGGAUGAAAAGUCCCGAUACUGGACUAUUAAUUGAUCAUAAAGAAAGCUUCUCGUCUGGCCAAAAUUCGAAGUUGCGGAAGGAAACGCCCCAUCUGCCACAAAAGGAUGAUAAUACUCCCGUCUAUAACGUCGCAUUUCCUGCGCCAAGCAGGCCCAAACUGUCCGAAGCUACUCGUAACUGGAGUCUUUCAUCCCACAGCAUUCCGAAAUACUCCCAGUCCCAUCGCAUCAGCAAAGCCGAGAUCGUCCGUGUCCGAGCCCAUCUGCUCUCUACAGGCGUAAAGGCCCAAGAAAUAUGUCGACAUGCCAACACACCUCCAUCAGCGUUUACUUUCAACCCACUUUAUACUGGGUCCCCUGACGACCGACUUAACCCUUUGCCGUAUAUAGGGGACCAGAAACUAGCCACAGAAGCCAGUAAAAAAUUACUAACAGCCUUCGAUGACAGGGUUAGUCAUGUCCAAAGCUCGAUCAUCAAAUUCUCGGAAUCGGAUCUCCCAAGCUUAACCCGUGACCUUGACUGCUUGGACCGACUAAUUACUUCAUCUCUCAACUGUCGUCUUCGUGGAGUGAGCACUGAAGCGGAACAUCUCACUGGCCAGCUUGCAACCACAAGUACUCUGGCCAUCAAGCAGCUGCACGAUGCAUUGGACAAAGGAAUCCGCAAGCGAAAUCGCAGAUUUCGCUGGGUUAGCCGGGUAGGCUAUGUGCUUCUUGAGUGGGUGCUCGUUGGGGUGAUGUGGUGGGUUUGGACUAUCGUGAUGAUGUGGAAGCUUCUCAGGGGUAUCUGGAGAGGCAGUGUAAGUGGCAUUCGAUGGAUUCUUUGGCUUUGAAGUCCAUCAGAGUAAUGUCGAAAGUUGAGGCAUAUCCCUUGAAGCAAACUCUCAAAGGACCAUGUUAGAGAUCGCUUUGUGUUUUCUUUCCCUCUCAGAGCCCCAUUUUUCUCCAGACUUCCUUUCUUGCGCAGUACUGCUAUAGAUACCCUCAUAAAGCAUCCCCUUAUCACUUUAUUCUGCCCUAUAAUCUUACUUUGAUGUUACCAGAUGAUAAUGGUGCCGAUCCAGUUUUGCGGCAACUUUCCCCCUAUCAGUUCAUUAACCAAGGACUUAUAACCUUUCCUUUCUACCCUCAUAACAGUUACAGUUUAUAUCAUGGCCUGAAAGAUCACAUUCAUUAUAUCCUUUGCUAUAUGCCUCACCAUGCAUGCCUCCUUUGCCAGGCCGGCAGGUCCCAGACUUAACACCAUUUUAACUGCACAAACUUCCUUACAUCUAUCAAGUACAAAGCAUGACAAAGUGAUUGCUUCACGCA